UUCUAUGAUAUGCAAAGCGUUGAUACUGACAGAAACACGGUCGCAAAUUGCAUCGCUUUCUUGACAAAAGAAAGAGCUGAAAUUUGAUGUUUUCGAUACUGUAAGUAGGGUGUUGUAUCUGCUAAGCUUUUCACCGCGUCCAUUCUGCAAAAUAUGGUCAAAUUUCAAUGAAAAUCGGACGAAGUUCUUCGCUCUAAUUAUGUUGGGCCAAAUAUUGGCUGCAUACAAUCAAACCAACAGCACAUGCGCAGAAGACACACCCUAAAACAACGACGAACGGGCGCUCAGAGCGACUGACUGCUUGCCAUCUUCAACGAGCCUCGCAAAGUUUUUACUCAAAACUACAACGGGGGCGUUCUCCGUUUUUGCUGCUCGCACUUUUAGUGCGAUGGGGUGUUUUGGACCAGGGCAGACAGAGCAACAGAAAGAAGAGCGUAAGCAACAAAAACACAACAACAAGGAAAUCGAGAGACAGUUGAAAAAAGAUAAACUAGCAUUUCGAGCUACACAUCGCCUCCUUUUGCUUGGGGCCGGAGAAUCGGGCAAGAGUACAAUCGUUAAACAGAUGCGAAUUCUUCACGUCAAUGGCUUCGACGAAAUGGAAAAAAAGCAAAAAGUUGAGGAUAUCAAACGAAAUAUUCGCGAUGCAAUAUUGACGAUUACAGGGGCUAUGAGCACUCUAACACCGCCUGUUAAGAUAGGGGAUCCCGAGAAUCAGAGUCGUGUAGACUACAUACACGAAGUGGCCACAGCACCCGAUUUUGAUUACCCACCGGAUUUUUUCGAUGGGGCAAUGGUACUGUGGAAGGAUAGCGGAGUUCAAGAGUGCUUCGAACGGUCCAAUGAAUAUCAACUCAUAGAUUGUGCUCAAUAUUUUUUAGACAGGAUAGAUUUAGUUCGACAACCAUCGUACAUGCCAUCGGAUCAGGAUUUGCUAAGAUGUCGUGUCCUAACGUCCGGUAUUGUCGAAACGAAAUUUCAAGUUGAUAAAGUUAAUUUCCAUAUGUUUGAUGUAGGAGGUCAAAGGGACGAAAGAAGGAAAUGGAUUCAGUGUUUUAAUGAUGUCACUGCGAUUAUUUAUGUGGUGGCAUGCAGUAGCUACAACCUGGUCCUGAGAGAGGAUCCCAGUCAGAAUCGAUUACGAGAAUCGUUGGAUUUAUUCAAAAGUAUUUGGAACAAUAGAUGGUUAAAGACGAUUUCAGUAAUAUUAUUUUUAAACAAGCAAGACCUUCUACGUGAUAAAGUUCGAGCAGGCAAAUCAAAAAUCGAAGAUUAUUUUCCCGAUUUCGCGAGAUACAGAACACCACCUGACGAAAUAACGAAUCGUCUUUCAGCAACGGCCGAACCAGAUGACGACGAACAAGUAACUCGAGCGAAAUAUUUUAUCCGAGACGAAUUUCUACGGAUCAGUACGGCGAACGGUGAUGGUAAACAUUAUUGUUAUCCACAUUUUACAUGCGCUGUUGACACGGAAAACAUCAGACGAGUAUUUAAUGAUUGUCGUGAUAUCAUACAGCGAAUGCAUCUUCGCCAAUAUGAACUGCUCUGACUUGGGUGCACCAUAGGAGAUUUAGGACACGAUGGCCUUGCCAGCAACUGAACUCUAAAUUUGAACUGGAUGCCGAGGUCAUGAGGUGGACUAAAUCUUCGUGUAGUUUGGAUCCCGUGUGAAUAAGUAAAUAUAAUUAUUAGAUUUAUAUAUGAACGCCCGACGUGGAGCUACGAGUGUUAAUUUGCUGACGACGAGCGCGAUUCAAUGGAUGUGAAAUUUUAUCUCGUCGUACGCGUCGGGGCAGAAAAUCGAACAGACCUCCUCUCUCCCCACCCGUCCGUCCGUUGUUGAAUAAUGUAAUUGGAUAGUCAAUAUGCGCAUGCGCUUUGUACAAAGUCUUCUGACCGCUUCUGCGGCGGUCAACAAUUCGUUUGAGUAAAACUGAUAAAUCAGUUAAAAUAGUACGGUCUGUUUACGGAAGUGCAAGAACCGUAAUACACAAAGGUCCUCCCUUCUCCCUCUUUCUCUUUUAGUACUUUGAUAUCAAUCAAUAAUACUUUAGCCAAUGUUGAUUUAAUUUAAGAAUUGAUUUGAAUAAUCCGACAUUUGUACAUCGUCAAGUUCUAAUUGGCUAUUCGAGUGAAUCUUAUCACGUGGUUAAAUAUCAUCUGCGACGUUUAUAGAUGCUCUCUGGGUCAUUUUCAAAUUGGUUUAUAGGGAAGGUUUGAUUUUGUUGCCGUUAUACAAGGCAUACUAAAAACGACAACUCGAGUUAUUGCAAGUUCAACUUUUAGGAAAUGAGAAGCAGUCGGAUAAUAUCUUUGUAUGUUUUAUUUUGGUCGGCAAAUUGGUCUUGAAUAUUCGAUAAUUGUAGAUGUCUAGUGAUUGUCCUUUUUGCCGACUCCAUGUUUCUCAUCAUCCAGAAGGUGAAAGCUUGACUUGAUCAAUUUUUCUCUUCUUUGCCGCAUGUUACUGGGGUAGAUGGGGUUAUACACGUCUAGCUUACUCAAGUCAGUUUACGAUGUAGGGGGAGGGAUAAACUUGUUUUCAUAAAGACUGCGGUUCUUGCACUUCCUUAGAUCAUUGUCCUAAAUCAAAGGAAAUUUCCUAUAAUUCCAAGAUGCUGGUUCAUCUCAAAUAAGUCCACGAACUUAGUUGGUGUCCUGGCACACACGCAUGUAGAGAGACUUUAUGCGAGAGAAACUUUAGCGCGACGAAAAUAUGGAGAGAGCAGUUGGACUACUGUUAAGGUAGCAUAAUAGGCUUUAAUGAAUGAUACACCGUUGACCAAUUUGUAAAUUCUCCUUACUGCUCACCAGGUGUAAUAGUGUAAGUGUAUCAUAGUGAAAGGAUAAUGUGAAUUCUGUAUUCGAUCGAACGUAGCUAAAAUUCGCUUUAAGUAAGUAAAUUCUAGUAAAAGUAUCAAUAGCAAA